UUCAUUCAACCCAAAAAUCCGAAACUAAAGUUAAAUUCGAACCCAGUACGGUGCCGUGUUUCUAUGAGAAGUCUCAUUGAAAAGUUGUUGAUGAUUUCUUCUCAGAAUGACUUGCGCUUUUCUUCAUCUUCUAUCUAAUUUUUUCUUUACACUCGUACAAUGAUAAUCAUUUGACUUUUAUAAAUAAAAAACUCAAUUAAAGGUUGUCCUAGCCAGAAGCUUUAUCAUUAAUCAAUGGACGGACGCGUACAGUAUCCUACAAUCAGAGUGGAAGAGUACAAGCCAAAACCCUUUCCUGAACCGGUUUCUAGAGAUGUAGAGAAAGGCAGGGACAACAAUCUUAUACAAGCAAAUGAUUUAGUACAAGAAGAAAUUAUGCAGCCCCGGCAUUUUGGAAGUGAAGCAUCUCAAGGCAUGAAGAAAGAUAAUGAUGAUCAAAAUGUUUUAGGUGUUAGCGCUCAGAAGCUUGGUAAAGUUUUCUAUUAUGAUACACCACAUUCUGAAGAAACUGGACCAUGGAUACCUGUCUCUGUUCCUCCCAUGUCAGGACACGAACAAGAUGAAUGGAGUAGAGGUCUUCAUGUGGAUGGGGGAUGCUUCCCUGAAGGAGAAUUGGGUUGGGAUCAUUUUAUUGGAGAAAAUAAGGAGAUGACCAUGUGGGAUGUGGUUACUGAGAUGUUAGAAACAGCUCGAGGAAAAGCGAGUGCCAUUGCCAAGGGUGAUAUUAAUAGAUGCGGAAUAUCCUGGAUGUCUAAUCAUCUUCUUGAUCAAGCUUGGGCAGAAAUGGCUCAAACCCUUACUGAAGCUAAUUUUGGUAACACCAGGGAACUUCUAGAGGCAGAACCUCCUAAAUGGUUGCCUGACAGUUCUGCUUCUGCUUGCAUGCUGUGUAAUGUGCGGUUCCAUCCUAUCAUGCGCUCUAGGCACCACUGCCGCUUUUGCGGAGGGAUAUUUUGCAACGAAUGCUCCAAGGGAAGGAGUUUGUUGCCAGUAAAGUUCUGCACUGGGAACCCACAAAGAGUGUGCGAUGUAUGCUGUGUACGGCUUGAGUCUGUGCAAUCACAUUUGAUGGACAAAGUAAGUCGUGCUGCUCAAUUGCCUACUCAUGAUCUAACCGACCUCAGUACUUUGAGAUCAUGGCUUAAUUUUCCAUGGGGCCAGUCCAUGGAAUAUGAAAUUUAUAAGGCAGCAAACACCAUUCGGAGUUAUAAUAAGGUUGGGUUUCUGAAACCUGAGAAGUCCAUACCAGAUGUUAUUUUAAAGCAAGCAAAGGGUCUUGCUAUCCUUACUAUUGCAAAGGUUGGUGUGAUGGUGACAUACAACGUUGGAACUGGGCUAGUUGUUACUCGUAGAGAAGACGGAUCUUGGUCUCCUCCAUCUGCCAUUUCUUCCUUCGGUGUUGGAUGGGGAGCUCAGGCUGGAGGUGAAUUCACAGAUUUUAUAAUCGUAUUGAGAAACAAAAGUGCCAUCAACACUUUUAGUGGAAAUGUACAUUUUUCAAUUGGAGCAGGUUUGAGUGCUGCUGCUGGCAUUGUCGGAAGGGCAGCCGAAGCUGAUCUUCAUGCUGGUGUAGGAGGCUGUGCAGCUUGCUACACAUACAGCUGCAGUAAAGGUGCAUUUGUUGGUUGCUCACUUGAAGGAAGUAUUGUUGCUACACGAGCACAAGAAAAUUCUAGAUUCUACGGUCAACUGUCCAUUAGUGCUGCAGAUAUUCUUCUUGGAUCAAUGCCUAGGCCUCCUGCUGCUGGCAUUCUGUAUGCGGCUCUCUCAGAUUUAUUUGAGAAGCAUGGCACUGAUCGGUACAGACCGAGUUGAAAAUUGUCACGUUGUUUUCUUGCAAGACACUGCUGUGAUUUUAUGUCUGCUAUAAUCUUGUUCUACAUUUCAAUUGGUUUCCCAUUGGUGGUAUAGCUUAGAAAAUAUGGAGAGAAAUUUACUUGUUUAUAGCACAACGUGUUUCAAAUGGUGGAAAUUGCUAGCAUUCAUGUAUGUUUAUUGUCGGGUACCUUAAAAAAUGAA